CUUCGUUCCCUGCUCCCGCCCCCGGCUUCGCCUCCCGCUGCUGCCGCCGCUGCCGCUGCUGCAGCCACUUCCCGCGGUCUGGGCUUCCCGCCGCCAGCAUGCCGCACGCCUUCAAGCCUGGGGACUUGGUGUUUGCCAAGAUGAAGGGCUACCCGCACUGGCCGGCCCGGAUUGAUGACAUCGCUGAUGGUGCCGUGAAACCCCCACCUAACAAGUAUCCCAUCUUCUUCUUUGGUACACACGAAACAGCCUUCCUGGGACCCAAGGACCUAUUUCCCUACGACAAGUGGAAAGAGAAGUACGGGAAACCCAACAAGAGGAAAGGCUUCAAUGAGGGACUGUGGGAGAUCCAGAACAAUCCCCACGCCAGCUAUAGCGCUCCUCUGCCGGUGAGCUCCUCCGACAGUGAGGCCCCUGAAGCUGACCCGGCGGGAAGGAGUGAGGACGACGAGGAAAGGGGGGUCAUGGCUGUCACAGCUGUGACUUCGGCAGCCACCAGCGACAGGAUGGAGAGUGACUCGGACUCGGACAAGAGCAGUGACACCAGUAGCCUGAAGCGAAAGGCAUCAGCUUUGAAGAUGUCAGUGUCAAAACGAGCCCGGAAGGCCUCCAGCGACCUGGAUCAGGCCAGCGUGUCCCCAUCUGAGGAGGAGAACUCUGAGAGCUCAUCUGAGUCAGAGAAGACCAGUGACCAGGACUUCACCCCUGAGAAGAAAGCUGUGGUCCGGGUGCCACGGCGGGGCCCCCUGGCAGGACGAAAGAAAAAGAAGCUGCCCUCUGCCUCUGACUCAGACUCCAAACCAGAAUCAGAAGGGGCCAAGGUUGAGCCAGUGGUGGUGGCCAGAUCGGCCUCCUCCUCCUCUUUGGCCUCCUCAUCCUCUUCCGACUCAGAUGUGUCAGUAAAGAAACCUCCCAGGAGCAGGAAGCCAGCUGAGAAGCCUCCCCCAAAACCCCGCGGGCGGAAACUGAAGCCCGAACGACCCCCGAGCAGCUCAAGCAGUGACAGCGACAGUGAGGAGGUAGACCGAAUCAGCGAGUGGAAGCGCCGAGACGAGGAGCGCCGCCGAGAGUUGGAGGCCCGGCGGCGCCGGGAGCAGGAAGAGGAGCUGCGGCGGCUGCGGGAGCAGGAGAAGGAGGAGAAGGAGAGGAGGCGCGAGCGGGCCGAGCACGGGGAGGCCCUCCACGGGGGCAGCGGGGGCAGCAGCGGCGAUGAGCUCAGGGAUGAGGAAGAGCCCGUCAGGAAGCAGCGCGGCCGGAAGGGUCGGGGACGGGGUCCCCAGUCCUCCUCUGACUCAGAGCCCGAGGCUGAGCUGGAGAGAGAGGUGAAGAAGUCAGCUAAGAAGCAGCCACAAAGCACAGAGCCUGUGAAGAGACCCAGCCAGAAGGAGAAGAGAGGGCGCCCUGAGGAGAAGCCCCGGUCCAGGCCCAUGAAGGUGGAACGAACCAGGAAGCGGUCAGAAGGGUUCCUACCGGACAGGAAGGUUGAGAAGAAGAAAGAACCUUCCGUGGAGGAGAAGCUUCAGAAGCUGCAUAGCGAAAUCAAGUAUGCCCUGAAAGUCGAUAAUCCGGAUGUGAAGAGGUGUUUGAAUGCACUAGAGGAGCUGGGGACCUUGCAGGUGACCUCGCAUAUCCUCCAGAAGAACACUGAUGUGGUGGCCACGUUGAAAAAGAUUCGCCGUUACAAGGCCAACAAGGAGGUGAUGGAGAAGGCCGCAGAAGUCUACACCCGGCUCAAGUCACGGGUCCUGGGACCAAAGAUUGAGGCUAUCCAGAAGGCAGCCAGAACCGGAGCAGAGAAGGAGCCGGCCGAGGCGGAGAAGGCCGAGGAGGCUCUGCUUGGAGAGGAGGCCCCGUCAGAGAGGGCAGAGGAUGAGACCAGUGCUGAUCUCUCUGCCUCCGUGAAUGGUGAGGCCACAUCCCAGAAGGGUGGAAGCACAGAGGACAAGGAGCAAGAGGAAGGACAGAACUUGGAAGAGGGGCCAGUGGGGGGCUCCUCUGAAGACCUGUUACACAAUGACAGCGCAAGGGAGGGCCCCGAUCUGGACGGGCCGGGGAAGGACCGUCAGGAGCGCCCGAGGGCGCGCGUGGACUCUGAGUCCCUGGACGACGAGGACAGCUGAGCCCCGGGCAGCCCGGCGGCCAGGCCCCGCCCGUCACGUAGCUGCCCGUAGGCCUGCCCCGUUCCUUCCCGGCCGCCCAGGGAGCAGGAAACUGUCGGGGAGAUGCUGUGCUCUUCGUUUGUAUUUGUCCCUCGGGGGUUUUUUUCUGCCCAAUUUCUGUGAUUUCCAACCGACAUGAAAUGACUAUAAAGGGUUUUUUUAAUGAAAAAAAUCACUUUUAUUGGUUUGGUUUUCUAGUGUUACUGGUGCAGCUGGGCUGGAAUUGGGAAGAGGUCUGGAGCUCUCAAGGGCCCACUUGGGGACAAAGUGUUCUAAGCCAUAAUGUCACCAUAUACAGUGAAUGUGAGCUUGGUUCUAAUGGUGUUCCCAUCCCGUUAGGGCUGACCGUGAAACAGUGGAGUAGGAACAAGGCCUUUCCAAAAAUAAUAAAUGAAAAAUAAAACUCUCUGAACCUUGAGUCUCAAAUGGAGGCUGUGGUUUGAUGUCCCGGGUUUGGCUUCCCAGUGCCCAGGAAGAAGGAGCAAAGAGGCUGGGUGGCUGCCAUGUUUUCCCCAGAAGCCAGUGCUGUGCUCACCUGACACAGCCGUUGUCCCUUCCGCCCCAGCUGCAGGCGGCACUGUAAUCCACUCCCCACGAGGCAAGCCCUGGAGUGCCUGGCCCAGAGCAUUCAGGCCUGGAAGGGUUCUGUGAGCCGUCCGUUGUCUCUGCGUGGCCAGAGGACAUAAGCACUGGAGGCAGGCUUCCCUGUGUGACCGUGGGCGAGUGGCACUCCUGCUCUGGGCUUCUCUUCUCUCCUGGACAGGGGUGACCCCAGCCUCACAGGGCUGUGCCGAGGAUUUAGACGGUGCGGGGUGGGGAGGUAGCUCUCGGCCAGGCACCCGCACACAGCAGUUCCCGGUUAGACAGUGGCCCCUGGCUGCAUUCAUCCAUCCCCGCUGAGGGAGGGAGGCCGUGGUGUGGCAAGGGACUUCCUGAGUCCUGCCCGCUUCCACUCCACCCCCACCGGUGCGACUGGACUUGAAGGCAAGUCACUUUGCCAGGUUUCUGUGAAUCCAGCGUCCUUACCUCUGAUUACCUAACAUGGUGAAGGCUGAGGGGAGAAAGGCUCAGAAGGUUCUCCAGUCCCCAGGGCAGAGCCUCUCCCAGACCCUGGACGCCUUCGGUAACCCUUAGCGAGAGCCAGCCCCUUGGUCCUGGAGCUCGGAGCGCCAAAUCGUUUCCGAGAAGAGGGUACAGUGUGGGGUGUGCCGUAGGUGUGCGGUUCUGGGAGCGGGGAGCCCAGCACGGCUUUGGCGGGCCACUGCUGUUUGGACGUGCAGCUCCCAGCUGGAAAGAGGCCGGGGCUGGUGAGGGAGCCUUUCUGGGAUGAACGUGGUGAGUUUUCACGUUCAGGUGCAGGGGCAGUAGACUAGGACCCCUGCAGCCGGGAAGGCAGGGACCUUCCAAACCAUGGCAGGCCCUAGUCUCCAACCCGGAGUACGUUCCUGAGACCUGGAGGGUCAUUCAGCACAUUUUGUCACCUACUCCCUAGGGCCCUGUCCCCAGUGGGAAAGUCCUUUUAUUCAGCUGUGGGCAGCCUCUGGGCCCAGGUACCUCAGAGACCAGAACCUCAGCUCUCUCAUAUGUGAUUGGCCUACAGGGCGGAACAGGUGGGUAAGUGGAAGAGGCAGAAGGGGCUUGAUUUGUAUCAACUCUUCUCACCCCCGGGUAAUGUCGUCCUCAAGGAAGGGCCCCGCAGAGCCUGGAGGUGAGGGGGUUGCUCCUGGUGGCUUUGUCCUCAAGAAUCCCCUUCUCUUAGCCACACUGGGGUUAACUGAGGCAGUGAGACCCUGCCUCCGGGUGAUGGUGACAUUCUGGUACAUUGUGGUGCAGGGUGUUUGCUGAGGGCUAGGAGAGAUGCUUUAGAGUCAGGGUGGAGAGGCGGGACAACAAGCUGAGCUGGUAGCUGAAGGCCCAGACGGGGGUGGAAGACCCCUGUCCCCUGCGAAAGUAAUGGGGCUCCUAGUGCAGGGAGCUGAGUGGAGAAUCUCCCAGACUCAGGCACUUUCCACUUCUCUUUCCUAACUGGUGUGCUUGCUCAGCAUUUUCAAGUGCAGGCCCUCUGUCCAUGGUCUUAGCCGCCCUGGGCUCCUAGGUCCAGCCGAGCUUGGGAAGAAAGAUAGAUGGCACAGUUUCAGAGCUGGGAGCGUGGCACGUCUACUGCAGAAAGUCCUCUGUGCGCCAACCAGCAGUGUCCAGCGAUUGGGGAGUUAGGGCUGGUUUGGGGUUGGGGA